AUGGGGAACGGACCUUUGGAGCGAAAGCUCCAAUUCGAGAAGAAGAAUCAGGAUCUUGUCAAGCUCCCUAAGUACGCGAAGGUUGAAAAGCGACCUAUUCCCCAUGCGCCAGUCGCCUCCCCCUACGCUGGUGCUUCGGUGCCCAAGAUCGUCUACGUAUCCAGCAACACGCCCUUCAUGAGUGCCGUGAAGCGCGUCCAGAAAUUACUCCGCCAGGCUGAGAAGCGCGUCACAGCCAAUAUCAGCCUCGAGGAUAGCCGAAAAACAGAACAGCAGAAGCUCAUGGAGCUUGCCAGAAUCGCUGAAAUGCGGGAAGAAGUGUUUGUGAAGGCUACCGGGCGUGCUAUCGAGAAGGCAUUGAACGUGGGCAAGUGGUUCGAGGAGAAAGAGGCUGAAUACACUGUCCGAGUGAAGACUGGGAGUGUGCUUGUUGUCGAUGACGUGGUUGAAGAUGAAGAGAAGAAAGAGCGGGAGUUACAGAAGCAACAACGUGAGGAGGGGAGGGAUCCCCAAAAGAACGCUGAAGAGAAAUCCGAUUCACAAAAUGCUACAUCGAAAAGCGCCGCGAAGGAAAAGAAGAAGCGUCCCGCCUCUGCGAUAUCCGAAGACGCCGAGCUUCCGGAGACCAGAACCCGAUGGGUCAAAAUGGUUGAGGUGGCUGUAAGCCUCAGGUGA